AUGGCUCUUCUACUAGACAACGGUGAAGGUAUUUUACUCUCUCUAGACUCACACAAAUCAGUCCCAGCACCAUUUCUCACCAAAACAUACCAACUCGUCGACGAUCCCUCCACAGAUCACAUAGUUUCUUGGGGUGAAGACGACUCCACCUUCGUCGUUUGGCGUCCUCCAGAAUUCGCAAGAGACCUUCUCCCAAAUUACUUCAAACACAAUAACUUCUCCAGCUUCGUUCGCCAACUCAACACCUACGGUUUUAGAAAGAUUGUACCUGAUAGAUGGGAGUUUGCUAAUGAAUAUUUCAAGAAAGGAGAAAAGCAUUUGCUAUGCGAGAUUCAUAGAAGAAAAACAACGCAGCCGCAACAAACCGGAAUCAUGACCCAUCACCAUCACCACCACCAGCACCAGCACCACAAUGUUCCUCCGAGUUUCUUUCCGUUUUCGAACACUAGAGUAAGCAUUUCUCCACCUAAUGACUACUCCGACGAACAUCUCAACAAUUGGUCAUGUGAUUCUCCGCCAUUAACUUCACCGUCGUUCAUCAAUGGAGGACCAACAACAACAACAACAACCACAACAACAAACUACACCACUUCUGUUACUGCUCUUUCCGAGGACAAUGAAAGACUAAGAAGAAGUAACAACAUGUUAAUGUCGGAGUUAGCUCACAUGAAGAAGCUUUACAAUGAUAUAAUCUACUUUGUUCAGAAUCAUGUUAAGCCUGUAGCUCCAAGUAACUCUUACUCUUCUUCUUAUUUACUUCCACAUGCUUCUUCAAAUCCUAAUGCUAUCAAUGGUGGUGGAAAUGUUUCAAUGAUGCAAAGACCAAUGAACCAGAUUAACUCUACCAACCCUAAACAUGUGACUCAGUUUCAACACCAAACUCAAUCUCAUCAUCAACAUCAUCAUGGUGUGAAUGUGAAUGUGAAUGUGAAUGUGAACUCUCCAACAACCACAUCAAGAAGCUCUAUAACAAUGGUGGAAGGUCACAAAAGUAAUAACUAUAACUGCAGCAAGACAAAGCUUUUUGGAGUAUCACUACAGUCCAAGAAAAGAGUGCACCCUGAAUGUGGAUCUAAUAGUCCAACUAACUUGGAAACCAACAAGACUCGUUUGGUUUUGGAUCAAAAAGAUGAUUUUGAUUUUGAUUUGGGUUUGAAUCUCAUGCCUCCAUCCACUUGUUAA